UUUCAAAAAUGGUAAAAAAAAUUAAAUUUCAUGCUGUGUUUGGACCUCUAAAUUCAAGUAAAGAAGCAAAAAAUAUUCAUAAGGCUUUAAAUUACAAAAAAUUCAUCAAACAAUUCGAAACUACAAAAUUCCAACUUGUCAAUAAACACAAUUCAAAAAUUAAAUUUUCUGUAUACAUUGAAGAAAGGGAUGUGACAUUAGAUGAUGAUUUUUAUAUGCCAGUAGCUGAUAUUGUUAUUAAAAGAAUUUUUAAUUGA